AUGACUCAGCCAUUCUCACCAGAUGCCAAGGGCCACCAGUCGACCAAAGAGAUGGACAACAUCGAGGCUGGCAUUGGCAACUCGGCCAACAACGACGUGGCCGAGGGCAAGGUCCAAGACAUUAUUCUCGACACAAUCAACGCCGCCGACGGCCAGUAUACUGAGGCCGACUACAAGAGGGCGGACAAGACGUCCAUCUCCACUCAGGCAACCUUCGGCAUGCGGGAGGACACUGGGUUAGUCGGUCAGCAAUUCUCAUGGUUAAGCACCAUCUUUUACAUCAUGUAUCUUGUCGGCGAAGCUCCCGGAAACUACCUGAUGCAAUGCUUCAGCCUCAACAAGACUUUGUUCAUAUGCAUGCUCUGCUGGGGAGUCUUUGUUCUCUGUAUUGGCUUCACGCAUAGUUUCGCCCAGCUCAUGGCGCUCCGAGCCCUUCAGGGCCUCUUCGAGUGCACCAUCUCCCCAGCCUUCCUCCUCAUUACGGCCUCCUUCUACGUCAGCCGGGAGCACACGAUGCGAUCCAUCAUCUGGGGCACUUCGAACAGCGGAAUGGACAUCCUCACACAGCUCGUCAUGUAUGGAAUUGGGAAGGCUGCCCAGGCAAGCCCCAGCAGCUUUGGUCCGUGGCGAUACAUCAGCAUUUUCUUGGGUUCUUGGACCAUCAUCAUGUCCUUCUGCUCGCUUCUAGUGUUGGGAACGCCCAAUGAAGUUCGCUGGCUAUCAAACGAGGAGAAGCGCAUCGCAGCCGCCAGAGUCACCUACUUCUUCUUCUUUACUGUCAUCGUCAACUCCCUCCCGAACGGCGGAACCACAGCCUUUGGUAACUUGGUCUAUGUGUCCUUUGGCUUUACCAACCUCGAGACCCUCGUCAAGGGCACCAUUCCUCAGAAUAUCGUCACCAUUGCUUGGUUUCUGUGUGUUGGCUUCCUGACACUGAAGAGGCCGAAUCUCCGCUUUAUCCUUAUGGUCGUCUCGACUAUUCCCGCCUUUGUCGGCAUGCUGGCCUUGGGACUACUGCCCAAGGAUGGCAUGUUGUGGACUCGAUGGGGUCUCUAUCUCAUGACUGUGACUGGACGCUUGCCUGGUCUUUUGAUCUGGACCUUGCUCCCGUCCAACGUAGCCGGCAGAACCAAGAAGUCGGUGACUGGAGCCGUCAUGUUUAUUGCGUACUGUAUUGGCAACGCCAUUGGUGUCCAGACCUUCCAAGCCAAGUGGGCGCCCCGAUACGUCCCCUCCAUGAUCAUCUGUGGAGUCAUGUAUGCUUUGGAGUGCAUAUUGUUCAUUUUGUGGAGGUUCUACUAUAUUGUGCAGAACCGUCGCAGGGCUAAGCUGGUUGAAGACAUGGGGUUGACACCGGAAGAGUCUGCACACCAGGGACAAAUCAACGGAGAAAUGGACGUGACAGACUGGGAGAAUAUCCAUUUCAGGUACAGCAUUGCGGCGCGUCGUGACGAGACUGCCAACCUUUUUGUGGAAAUUGAUCGUAAUAGAAAUGUUACGUUUAUGAAGUCCCUGAAACUUUCCACUGGGCCCCUACCUGAUCAAGGUCCUCACUUCACUUCCAUCUUGAGAAGGUCCUUGCAAACUGCGAAGAACAGCAGUUCAGCCCCUAGCCUUUACAAGGAUUUUGACUGA